AUGUCGCAGAGCACCCCGCUGGCCUACGCCACUCUCUCUCGCCCAUCGCGUGACAGUGCCACAAUUCACCGCAGCGCUGCGCGGGCAUCAGCGGCACAUCAGCAGCAGGCGCAGCAGAGUCCAUCGCUAGCCAGGGCCACUGAUGGCGCAGCGUACACUGCAGGUGGCAUCGCUGAUGUGUCGCUCUCGUCGCUGGACACGUGGACCGGGUUCCUCAGUUCACAGUGGGCCGAGGCGGUAAAGGCGCAAUCGUUGAUGCCGUCCAACGCGGCGCCUGUGAACCCUCCCUCCGGCGCCGACCUGAUUAGCUCGCUGCACAGCGUUGUAUCUCGGCAGAACAAGGUGGUAGCGCAGCUGCAGGAGCGACUGGUGGCACAGCGGACCAAGGAGGAGAAGGACUGGGAGGCCAAGAAGCAACUCUCCCGGUCCACCUCCGCCGAGGGAGUGCCAGACUCUGCCAGCAAUACUAAAGGUGAGGCGGUGGCCUCAGUCGAUGAUAGCGUUGCCGACAGUGCGGCUGAGAACACGCAGGUGUGCGUGCUGCUUUCUCACUUGCUGGAGCACGCGCGCUUCCUCUGGGCAAGAGCCGUCUCGCAGCACUUCAAGGUUGCCGAGGUGCGGAAGUCCAGCGCUGGCAAAGACACCCGGUCGCCCAGGAAGGCCACCGCUGGCAUCAACGCAGAGGCCGCCAUGGAGGAGGAGCGCGUGGGGCUGCCACCCAUCUCGCUGCUGUUCCGUUGUCUCGUGGAUGGUAUCAACUCCGAAGAAGCGCAGCAGGCCAUCGUCACCGCUGGGGUGCUUCCAGCCUCCGCCUGGGACAGCGGCGUGUUGGGCGUCGAUCAGUUGGGUAUCCUCACGGUGUUUGAGCGUCACGUCCAGGCGCUUCGCAUUUUCCCCAGCAUCGUCCCCCCGUUGGAGGCGCUGCGCGAGUACUUCGCCGAACUGCACCCGCAACAGCUGAGCAAGUACCACCCAAGAGGGGCCCUAGACAGCACGUUAGAGCUGGCGGAGGCUCAGACGGACGUGUUCUUGCGCUUCGGCGACGAGACGGAGCAGAUGGCGGCUCUCCUGCGCGAGGGGCUUCACCCCUCCGUACGCCGUUUCCUAUACGCCCGUGCGCUGCAGGUGCCGUUGGCGGUGACAGACGGCAAGCCUAUGUUCCUGGCGCAGGGGGAGUUCAUGACAAACCACCUGCGCCACGGUCUCGCGCGCUACCUCACCUGCUCCUCCCGGCAGGCGCGCGAGAGGGUGAAGCGGCGCUUCCACCAUCACUACCUCUCGUCGAAGGAGGAGAACCGCGCGCGGCUGCUUCAGCGUCUCGCCCUGGACGACAUGUUCGUCAGCGUCGGCGACAGCGACAAAUACUUUGUGUACACCGACGACGUGGAGGUGCUGUCGACGGCGAUGGUGGUGGAUCGCAGUCUGCCAGACCCGAAGAUGGUGCAUGCGCUGAAGCAGUUGGGCAGACCAGGGGCUCAGCUCGACAGCUACGUGACUUACCUGCAGUAUCCCGAGAAGAAUCUCAUCCACCAAAAAGCCUUGCCCUGCGGCGUUGCUCCUUUGGAGGGGUUCACCUUCCUGCUGGGUGCCCUCUGCAACGUGACGAGCGACACGGUCGAGCAGUACGAGCUGGCGGCAGCGAUCAUGACGCAGCUGUGGGGUCGACUGCAGGGCCCCACGCCCGAACUUUUUCAGUGCUGUUUGCUCUUCGAGAGCCUCGUGCAGCAGCUGGCACUGCCGGCCGUCCUGCACGCAACGCGCGAUCUGCAGUACCCGCCGCUCGUGCUGGCGAUGCGGUGGAUGUUGACGGGCUUCGCAGACCUCCUCGAUGCCUUCGAAGUGCUGUCCUUCUGGGACCUGGUGCUGUCCUACCACAUGCGUGAAAUGCACCGUCGCAGUCCCCUGUCGUUGCCCACUGGCCUCGCCAACGCCGCCCCACACGACACUAGCACUCCUUGCGCUCUGUGGUUGCUGCCCAUGUACGCGGCAGCAAUCUUUGUGAUGCGGGCCCCACUCGUGGAGGCCUGCAGAACGGCGUCCGAAGUGGACGUGGUGUUCGCCACAGGCCACCAACUGCGCACCCGCUCCCUCUUGCAGGGGCUACUCUUUGGUUGA